GAGAAGCUUCAGCCUGGAGGCCAAGCAAUGACUUCCAGACGAAUUUUACAGGAGAUUUCAUUCACUGCUCCAUCAAAUGAACAGAAUUCUCCCACAAAACUAAAAGAUGAUGAAACGAUAGCAUCCCUCACAAAUCGGCUUUCACCGUUCACAAGCUGGCCCCAUGAAAACACACACAAUGAGGAAUAUAAGGAAAACAUGGCACCUCUUUACCCCAGUGAUGUUUCCAAGCAAACAUCUAAAGAUAAUGUGGAUGUUGACAAUCUAGACUCGCCACAUCUAGAAAAAAACAAUGUAGAUGGCAGAGCCUAUUCAGCCGAUUGGAGCUUUGCCACUCCUAAAAGGAAUGGCGAGGAACCGGAUUUGUUUGGAGAAACCCCACAGACCCCACUGGACUUCUCCAAAGUGACAGUCAAUGAUCUUGGCAUUUCUACUGACAGCUUCACCAAUUGUGCAGGGAAAUCUCCCAGAUCCCUUCUGAAGCAUAGGCGAAGGUCCACAAUCGGUGUACGCGGCUCCCCAGAAAUGAAUUUUCUAAUUCGUCAGAUUGCACAACAGAGAAGCAAAAGGAAGGAAGAACCUGAACCUAUGGGUAAUCCUUUCAGCUCUCCACGAAAUUUCUUACUGAAAGACAAAAUCUCUUCCUUCCGUGAUGCAUUCCAGACUGUUGAGGAGGACGAGAUUAAAGUUGAGCCUUUUGCACUCUCAAAGGAAGAUGGGUCUCAUUCUAAAAAUGAUAGUGGGAAAGAUAAGAGAUCUGAACCACCAGAAAAGAAGAAAAGAGUAUGUGUGAACUUGGAUCCUGUGAGCGAGACUAACCAGCAGUGUGCUUCAAAACUCAAGUCAACUGCAAAUUACAGACAGAAAUUCUUGAGUAAGGGUCUUGAGAAUAUUCGUGAAUUUGAAAGUUUUUCGGCUACAGGAAAGGUGUCUUUCAUCACAGAGAGAGAAACUCAGUCUAGCAAUGAAGAGAUUGAUUCUGCAAACAGCUCUAAAAAGAAAGUGAUGUUUGAAGACCACCUGGGAUCAAAACUGUCCCACCAAACGCUUACAUCUUGCCAGUCCCUAGAGAAAGAGCCACCCCCUGUCACUCACCCCAACCCUUACCUCCGACCUGCGCUGAAGAAGACCCCAAAGAGAGAAACUGUUCUAUUUGGGGGAUUUUCAUUUUGUUCUUUCAAGGCAGAAGAGCCCUCAAGUUGUGGUAGUGGCACAAAUGGGGCAAAAAAGAAGAGAGUCACAUUUGGAAAAGAGUUAAGCCCAGAGGUUUUUGACAAAACACUGCCGCCAAACACCCCUCUUCAGCGAGGAGGAACGCCCUACAACUACCGAACAUUAAACAGCUGCACACCAGUCACAGAGGCAGCCUGUACUAAAAGCCCUCUUGAGCCCCUUCCACAACCAAACUUUGACUACACUGAGGGGGAGUCCAUUGAGCCGUUCUCUCUGUGCUUUGAAGCAGAUAGCUGCAGCAGUGAUUCUCCUUUCUCCCCACAGGACUACAGUGAUGUGACAAAACCAAUUGAAAAUUCAGACGAUGUGAACGCAAGGGCUAAGCUGACAUACUCACCCUUACUAACUGUCGUUUCUGAUGACAGCUUUUCUACACACUCAGAAGGAGCGGAUAUGAAUGAAGCAGUCCUUUUCACCCCAGAGGCUGAUACCUCACCUGUCAACAACAAAGUGAAACGUUCCUAUGGAAAAAGAAAGUUCUGCAACACUGAAAGCUCACAGGAUACCACUAUACAGGCAGAAGACAAUAACAGUCUUACCAAGCAGGCUCCCAAUUCCCAGCAGGGCAAUAAACCAGUGAGAGUUACCAGAAAACCAAAAACAGUAGUCUCCAAUGGAAAAGGGAAGGCGAGUCAAGUCAAGAAAAAACAAGGAAAGUUCAAAAAACCUGUGCAAAAAUCCCUUUAUGGGCAAAGAGAGAUUGCUUCCAAGAAGCCGCUUCUGAGUCCUAUCCUGGAACUCCGUGAAGCAUAUCCUACACCUCCAAGCUCCAAACCCCGUAAGUCUAAAGAAUUUAGAAAUGUUAGCAAAGAUAUUGUGAAGAAAGUUGCAAGGACAAGACGUGUGCAGAGGAUUCAUGGAAAAGUUGAGGACAGCAGAGACUGCUUCACACCCAGCCAAUCUGACAUUGAUUUUGUUCACAGCAAGUUCAGCACACUUGAAGGAUCUCACUCUGCAAAUGACGGACAAGGUUUCUUAGAGCUAGAGGGAAAGAUUGAGCAUAAUUUGUGUCCCAUAAGCCCAGAUCACUUAAAGGCUACAGAAGUUAUUCUAGGUACCCUUAACCAGAAUAGUUUCCUGGAAAGUGAACCUCACCCUGUUGCAGAGAAACAAAUAAUAGAAGAGCAUCAUAAGAGUUCGAAACUAAUGGAAGGUGAUACUGUAUUGUUAACAGAAGUAAAGGAUGUUAAGGCGUCAAAGUCACACAGCAAUACUAAGAGACGUUCAAGUACACGUAAGUCUUUGGGACAACCUGUUUUAAAUAAUAGGUCCUCAGAGUCUGUAUCUCAGGAAAUUUGUGAUGUGAACAGUUCUCUGUGUCCAAUAGACAUUACUGGAAUGUCACUCCCAAUAAGUAAUGAAGUUCUACAAAGCCCCACUUUUAAGGUUGAGCUAGUAGAAGACAUAAUCAACAGCCCAUCCCUGAAUGAAACCAUUUUAUCUUUCACAACACAAUCUGUUACACAUCAAAAAUCUAGGAGGUCUUCAAGAAGGGCAACAAUUUUCUGUUUAUCUCAAGGUAAUCCUUCUACUGAGAGAAGCCCAAGGAAGAGUAGCUCUUUGUCAACUGAAAUUACAGAUGUUUCAACUAGUGUUGAUGAAAAUUAUUCAAUAGAAGAAACUCUCCAGUCAACAAGUGAUAGAAAGGUGAGACGGAGCAUGAGAUUACGCAGAGAUUCAGGAGUUAUUGGAUUGUCUUGGGUGCAAGAUGAAAAAGGAAGACAGGAGGCGGGCAGACGUAAGUCUGUGAGCUGUUGUGUUGUUGAGCAAACCGAUAAUUCUAACAUAGUCUGCAGUGCAACCAAUCAAAACGAGAAUAAAGAUGCUUCUGGUGCAGUCAGGAAAGCACGCAGAAGAACUCUCUGCACCUCCAUGCUCCAGAUGGUUCCUAGUGACCUUGACCUAAAGAGGAGGAGAUCAGGCUGUUCUUUAAAAGAUGUUACGAUGUGCCACUGAAGUAACAUCAGACCAUGUUGUCAGUGCCUCUAAAUUGGACAUUUCAAAUCUAUAGCUUUCCUGGUUAUGAAGCCAAAUAAUUAUUUCCUAAUGAACGCUAUACUCUAGACUUCUUUCUAUAUUUGUCACAAUCUGAAUUACCUUUCACCGUGAUAUGUUGAUUAUUAUUUACAAUAAGAAAUCUUCCUUUGUAACACAUUGUUCUGCAGGACUGUGUAAAUAUUGUGCUUAUGAAUUAAUGUAAAUAUUGAAACCUUUCAAGCACAGAGCAGCCACUAAACCAAAAAGCAGAUUGUGUCUAAUAUUACAUGUUAUACAUGUAAUGCAGACUUUGUUACCUUAAUUUUUGUUCCCAACACAAAUACGGAAUUAAAAAAAGUGUUUGCACAAUAAAUUAAUUACACCACACUCAAAUUUUUCAGUGCACCCAGUCUAAUGAUGAAUAGGUGGCAUCCUUUAUGUGACACUGGGGCUCAGCACAGCAGACUUGACAGUAGAGAGGUGCAGAAGAUCAAAACAAAUAAGAGCAUACAACUAUCUGGAUUUUGUUAUGUAUUUUGUAUAACAUCUUGGACCAUUUAAAAUAUAAUCUUAUUGCAAGCUCUUUUCUUGCCUUUCUGUUUCUUUGUGUAAAUUUUAACAGUAUAAAAAGUUUUUUAAUAGGGUUCUUCAACUCUAGUCCUUGAAAGCUAAACAUUGGCAUUGAUUUAAUGGUCUUUGUUGGUCUACCUGGAAAACAAAAUGAGUCACUUACUCAAGCACAACAGAAGGAACCACAAGUCAUAACCAGUUUUGUGGUUCUCAGGGACAGGAACUUGACAAAGUAGUUAGGACUACUGAAAAAAUAAUAAAAGUUUCAAUUUCAGUAGUAAUCCUAACUGUUCAAAAAUAUUUCCUUUCUUUGUUUUUUCCAAAGCGCUUAGCCUUCCUACUGUGUUUUCAGAUACACUUUUAUAGAAUUUGUUUGUGAUCUUUCUUUGUUCUGAUUAGAGGAGUAAAGCAUCUUGACAUCUUGUGACAUUUUUUUAUUUUCUGUUCCUACAAUUUGUACAUUAAAUGCUGAACACUGUG